AUGGAAGAAGAGACGAAAAUUGAUUUAAAUAUUAAAAUAAAGCAGGAAAAGCUAUCUCCAGAGCGUAAAACAGUAGAUAAUGAAGAGGACGAGCUUGAUAAGAUAUUAAAUUCAAAGAUAUUCAGUGAGACUGACGAGAAAAAAGAUUUAGAACCAGCAAAAACAAGCGAUGAGUUAUUACAAGAGUUAUUCGGUGUAAUUGGAUAUUCAGGUGUGGAUGUAAAUGAAAUAUUCAAUGAAAGUGAUAAGAAAAAGAAGAAGAAGAAAAAGCGAAAACAUGAAGAUUCUGAUGAUGAAAAAUCCAGUAAGAAAUUAAAAAAAGUUAAAAAGGAAAAGAAAAUCAAAAAGGAAGGCGACCGUGACAAAAAAGAUGAAUCCAAGAAGAUAAAACAGGAAAAAGAAGAAAUUACAGAGCGAAGGAAAGUUUCAAUUGUCAUUAAAGAUACCAAAUAUAAAUCAGAAGUAAAAAAACCGACUAGCAGCCGUGAAAUAAAAGUUUCAGAUAAGAAAUCCAGCAGUAGCUCACACUCAAAACAUAAAGACAAGGAUGAUAAAAAGCGAAAAGAGAAGAAAGAAAGGAGACGUAGCGAGAAGGAAUUAUCAGAUAUUUCACUUUCCGACGAAGAGACAUAUCGGAAACAUUAUGAAUAUCACAUGAGUUCACGCUGGGAAAAAGAAUCUAGAGAAAACAGAAAUAUUCGAGACUGGGAUCGUGAUAAGAGACGAUACGAGAGAAGUCGAGAUAGUCGCGAGAGAUAUUCGCGACAUUAUCGACAUUCAAGGUCUAGAUCGCGUUCAGGACGAGGACAUACGCCAAUUGAUAAGAAAAGACUUUUAGAGAUUGCUAGGAAGAAUGCAAUUUCAAUGCUUAAGAGUGGUACAUUACCUCGAAUCAGCUCAAAUGCUAAGGAAAAAUUGAUGGCUAAAAUUAGACACGGUGGAAAAACCAUUGAGGAACUCACAAAUUAUUGCAAGAAGCUCUCGAGAGCAGAGGAUAUAGGAGAAUUAUCAGACUUAUCGGAUAGUGAAAUUGACGGUGAAGGACAUCCUAGAGCUUUUCAUCAUCCAUUUGAAGUUAAGGAUCGCGGUCCGAUUGUUAUGAAUAUUAAGAACUCAAUUCCAAUAGCACCAAAGCCAGCAAGUGAAUUAAAAGCAAUAAUGGCACAAUUUCCAGUAUCGUCAGGAAAGCAGCAUCAAUCAGUAGAAAAUACAUGGGUUCCAGUAACAACAGCAACAGCUGCAGCCACAUCUAGCACAGCAACCACAACAACAACGUCUAAUUCAUCAUCAAAACAAAUUAUGACCCUUCAAAAACAAAUCCAAGAGCAAUUGCCAGAAUUAGCAAAACCAAAGCCACUUCCACCGCCUCCUGCUCCGCCUUUAAAUCCUGUAUUAAGCAGACCAUAUGAUUGGAAAAGCGAUGAUCAUUACUGUAAAACUAUUUUUCCGACUUUAGCGCCACCUCCAGAGCCAAACUGUGACGUCUCGGAAAUUAUUUCACAACGACUAAAUGCCAUGAGGAAACUUCAAGAAAAUCCACAUGACGUUGAAGCAUCAAAAAUUCUCUACGAAACUCAACAAAAUAUGUCUGCAUGGGCUGCCUCAAAAGUUACGCCAGGACAAUUUCUCGGAACUACAGAAGUUAGAGUGCUCUCUCAAAAGGAGCUUUCGUCUGGAAAUCAAGCGUGGGCUAAGAAAAAUCAAUUAAUAGAGACUGUUCCAGUAAAUUCAGGCAUGGGUAUGCAUCUAUUAAAAAAGAUGGGAUGGACUCCUGGCGAAGGUUUAGGAAAGGAAAAGAACGGAUCUUUAACUCCCUUAUUAUUAGAACUGAAGCUUGAUAAAAGAGGUUUAGAGGCUAAUGCUGAAGUAUUACGUCAAAAUAAGGUAGCGCCAGGAAAAUCAAGAGGCGUUCGAGGUGGAGUAGGAAGAAGUGGAGGGGGUCACAAACAACAACCUAUUUCAAUGGAUAGCUUGCAACAAAAACAUCCGGUUUCACUGUUGGGUGAAUUGGCUUCAAAACGUCGUUGGGGAGCUCCAAAUUAUCAACUUGUAAGCGAAGUUGGACCGCCGCAUGCGAAAAAUUUCAUUUUUAAGGUCACGUUAAAUGGAAUUGUUUAUACAUGUCCUGCGCCAGCGAAUAAUAAGAAAGAGGGAAAAUCAGCAGUAGCGAAAUUCUGUUUACAAGAACUGGGAAUAUUGCCAUCUUAA